AACACAAAAAGCAAGAGUUCUAAAGAUGGAAAGCAGGGGGAAGAUGGGGCAUUUGUCCCCAAUGAUACAUGCCAUAGCAAUAUGCCUUGUAGCCACCAGUGUGGUGGCAUAUGAGCCUUACUAUUAUAAAUCUCCACCACCUCCAUCUCAAUCACCACCUCCACCAUACCACUACUCAUCACCUCCUCCACCAAAGAAAUCUCCCCCUCCACCUUAUCACUACACAUCCCCACCUCCUCCAAAGAAGUCUCCACCACCUCCAUACCACUACACAUCCCCUCCUCCUCCUAAGAAGUCUCCCCCUCCACCUUACCACUACACAUCCCCUCCUCCUCCUAAGAAGUCUCCCCCACCUCCAUACCACUACACAUCCCCACCACCUCCAAAGAAGUCUCCCCCUCCACCAUACCACUACACAUCCCCACCUCCUCCAAAGAAGUCUCCACCACCUCCUUACCACUACUCAUCCCCUCCUCCACCUAAGAAGUCUCCCCCUCCACCAUACCACUACACAUCCCCACCUCCUCCAAAGAAGUCUCCACCACCUCCAUACCACUAUUCAUCCCCUCCUCCACCAAAGAAGUCUCCCCCUCCACCUUACCACUACACAUCCCCUCCUCCUCCAAAGAAGUCCCCCCCACCUCCAUACCACUACUCGUCACCUCCUCCACCUAAGAAGUCUCCACCACCUCCAUACCACUACACAUCCCCACCUCCUCCAAAGAAGUCUCCCCCUCCACCAUACCACUACUCAUCCCCUCCUCCUCCAAAGAAAUCCCCACCACCUCCAUACCACUAUACAUCCCCUCCUCCUCCAAAGAAAUCCCCACCACCUCCAUACCACUACUCAUCCCCUCCUCCACCUAAGAAGUCUCCCCCUCCACCAUACCACUACACAUCCCCACCUCCUCCAAAGAAGUCUCCACCACCACCUUACCACUACUCAUCCCCUCCUCCACCAAAGAAGUCUCCCCCACCUCCAUACCAUUACUCAUCACCUCCUCCUCCAAAAAAGUCUCCCCCUCCACCAUACCAUUACUCAUCCCCACCUCCACCAAAGAAGUCUCCACCACCUCCAUACCACUACUCAUCCCCUCCUCCACCUAAGAAGUCUCCCCCUCCACCAUACCACUACACAUCCCCACCUCCUCCAAAGAAGUCUCCACCACCUCCAUACCACUACUCAUCCCCUCCUCCACCUAAGAAGUCUCCCCCUCCACCUUAUCACUAUACAUCCCCACCUCCUCCAAAGAAGUCUCCACCACCUCCAUACCACUACUCAUCCCCUCCUCCACCAAAGAAGUCUCCCCCACCUCCAUACCAUUACUCAUCCCCACCUCCACCAAAGAAGUCUCCACCACCUCCAUACCACUACUCAUCCCCUCCUCCACCUAAGAAGUCUCCCCCUUCACCAUACCACUACACAUCCCCACCUCCUCCAAAGAAGUCUCCCCCUCCACCAUACCACUAUUCAUCCCCUCCUCCACCAAAGAAGUCUCCUCCUCAACCUUAUCACUAUACAUCCCCACCUCCUCCAAAGAAGUCUCCACCACCUCCAUACCAUUAUUCAUCUCCUCCUCCACCAAAGAAGUCUCCUCAUCCACCUUAUCACUACACAUCCCCACCUCCUCCAAAGAAGUCUCCGCCACCUCCAUACCACUACUCAUCCCCUCCUCCACCAAAGAAGUCUCCCCCUCCACCAUACCAUUACUCAUCACCUCCUCCUCCAAUGAAGUCUCCCCCUCCACCAUACCACUAUACAUCCCCACCUCCUCCUAAGAAGUCUCCACCACCUCCAUAUCACUACUCAUCUCCUCCUCCACCAAAGAAGUCUCCCCCUCCACCAUACCAUUACACCUCCCCACCUCCCCCAAAGAAGUCUCCACCACCUCCAUACCACUACUCAUCCCCACCUCCACCAAAGAAGUCUCCUCCUCCACCAUACCAUUAUACAUCUCCUCCCCCUCCAAAAAAAUCUCCCCCUCUUCCAUCUCCAUCACCACCACCUCCAUACUACUAUAAGUCACCACCACCACCAUCGCCAUCACCUCCACCACCUUACUAUUAUUAGUCUCCACCACCCCUAACUCACUCUCCACCUCCUCCAUACAUUUAUGCAUCACCCCCACCACCAAAACACUACUAAGCUGUUGUAGUGUCAAUUUGAAGUUUAACAACAUGCAAUAAGUUACUAUUUCUUUCUUUUUCUUUGUUGUGAACAAACAAAUUCCAAAUUUGUUUAAAUCAACUUUCUCAGUGUAACAAGGAUCGAGAUUGUAUACUAAUGGUGAAUUCUUUUGUACGGAGAAGUGCUCAUUGGAACAUUUCUUUUUAUCCUUUGCAAUGCAAUAGUUAUAAUUGCAUUAAUUUGAAACGAUAAUUAUCACAUUA